AUGGCUAGCCCGAGUGGAAGUCCCCAGCAAGGAGGUUGGUUUAUGUUUCGAUACGAAGAAGACAGGGAGUCUCCAACUGAUGCCAGGAACGUUCUACUGAUGUGGCGGCGCUAUAGCGGCAGUGACUUUUCAGGCCAGAGUCAACCCUCCUGGUGGCAUUUGGCAGGACAUCCACGGUGGACAAAUGCCGGGGCGUGCAAUAUAUGCAGACCAAAAACAAGCAUUCUAUGUUUUCUUGAUAGCCAAUGCUCUGGCUCUUUCAACAGCCAUAUUCUUAUAUCGCUUACUUAUGGAUUCCCUUUCUAUUUUGAAGUGUGCGUGGAUUUCUACUUUGUUUAUGUUUGCAACUUAUGCAUCGGUCAUUUUUCGCCAUUGCACCUGAUGAAUCCGUCAGAUUUCAAUAUAUUUUGUGUACUGCUGCUGUGCCUUUUGUCAUUCAGUUCUUGA